GUCAUCAAAAUUCAACACGCUUGCAAAGACCAGAUUAUUUUUAUAAGAUAAUGUCAGGAAAGACCAUGUGAACCGGACUUGUACGCUGUAUCAAGUAUCAACCAACUGAGUGGAAAGAAAGGAACAAUACAAUAUCAACAUCACUUCACAGUUGUAUGGGGUAAAAAGUUCCAACGCGCACAUAAGCUUUUAAGUGAUUAAUGAUCUAUGGAAAGAGAUUGUUUACGGGGCAUAUCGUGUCUGAAAUUGCGUGGAAAAACACCACCUUACAGGUCAACGUCCCAAACCCUUGUUAAUUCAGUCUUUCUUCACUUCUACUUCUUACAGGCUAAAAGGGCAAAAGAGGGGAACACACAGACAAAAAAAAAAAACUGCCAUGGCAGCAGAAGCAAUUUUAGGAGCCUUCAUGCAAACCCUCUUCCAGAAAUUGUCAGAAGCAACCCUUGAUCAUUUCAUAUCUUGGAGAGGCAUACAUGGCAAGCUAGAGAGCCUCUCUUCCACACUGUCUCAGUUACAGGCUUUCCUUGACGACGCUGAGGAGAAGCAGUUGACAGAUGCAUCUGUGAGGGGAUGGCUAGCGAAGCUCAAGGAUAUCGCGUACGACCUUGAUGAUCUGCUGGACAGCUAUUCAGCCAAAAGUAUGCGCAUGAAGCAGAGGCAGGUGAUAUUCCCCACAAAGGCAAGUUUUCUUUCUUCCUCCUUCUUGAGUAGGAAUCUGUACCAGCAUAGGAUAAAGCAUAAGAUUAACAUCAUAUUGGAGAGAUUAGAUAAGAUUGCGCAAGAACGCGACACCAUUGGGCUCCAGAUGAUAUGUGAAAUGAGACGGUAUGAUACCUCAGAGCGUCCGCAAUCAAGUUCUCUUGUAGAUAGUUCGGCUGUAUUUGGUAGGGAGAGGGACAGAGAAGAAAUGGUGAGGCUGGUGCUCUCUGAUAAUGGACAUAAUUCCUGCAACUUAUGUGUCAUUCCAGUUGUUGGCAUGGGUGGGCUUGGUAAAACUACUCUUAUGCAGAUGGUGUACCAUGAUGACAGAGUAAGAGAACACUUUGACUUGAGGAUCUGGAUCUAUGUGUCUGAAAGUUUUGAUGAGAGAAAGCUAACACAAGAAACUCUUGAGGCUUCUGACUAUGACCAAUCUGUUGCUAGUACUAACAUGAAUAUGCUACAGGAAACACUCUCCAGAGUAUUGCGGGGCAAGAGGUACUUGCUUGUCUUGGAUGAUGUCUGGAAUGAAGACCUUGAUAAAUGGCACAGCUAUAGAGCAGCCUUAAUUUCAGGAGGGUUUGGAAGCAAGAUAGUGGUGACAUCACGAAAUGAGAAUGUUGGCAGAAUCAUGGGAGGAAUAGAGCCCUACAAGUUACAGAAACUAUCAGAUGAUGACAGCUGGUCUGUAUUCAAGAGCCAUGCAUUUAGGGAUGGUGACUGCAGCGCACAUCCGGAGUUGGAGGCGAUAGGAAUGGAAAUUGUGAAGAAGCUGAAGGGAUUGCCUCUUGCAUCAAAGGCAUUAGGGAGCCUCCUGUUUUGCAAAACAGAUGAAGAGGAGUGGAAGGACAUACUGCAAAAUGACAUAUGGGAGUUACCGGCAGAUAAGAAUAACAUCCUGCCAGCCCUACGUCUAAGUUACAACCAUUUACCACCACAUCUUAAGCAGUGCUUUGCAUUCUGUUCUGUAUAUCCUAAGGAUUAUAUGUUCAGGAGAGAGAAACUGGUUAAGAUCUGGCUAGCACUUGGUUUCAUCAGACAGUCUAGAAAGAAGAGAAUGGAAGAUACUGGAAAUGCAUACUUUAAUGAGUUAUUAAGCAGGUCUUUCUUCCAGCCAUAUGAGAAUAACUAUGUGAUGCAUGAUGCAAUGCACGACCUUGCAAAAUCUAUCUCCAUGGAAGACUGCGACCACUUAGAUUAUGGGAGAAGACAUGACAAUGCCAUUAAGACCCGUCAUCUUUCAUUUCCAUGCAAGGAUGCCAAGUGCAUGCACUUCAAUCCACUGUAUGGGUUUAGGAAGCUAAGGACACUGACUAUUAUCCAUGGAUACAAGUCAAGGAUGUCUCAAUUGCCUCAUGGUCUAUUUAUGAAACUUGAAUAUCUUAGAGUGCUUGAUAUGCAUGGACAAGGCCUUAAAGAGUUACCAGAAUCUAUAGGGAAUCUGAAACAACUGCGCUUCCUAGAUCUCAGUAGCACUGAAAUCGAAACAUUACCAGCAUCUCUUGUUAAGCUCUAUAACUUGCAAAUACUAAAGCUGAGUGACUGCAAUUUUCUAAGGGAAGUGCCACAAGGCAUCACUAGGCUCAUUAAUCUGCGCCACUUAGAAGCAAGUACAAGACUACUGUCCAGGAUACAUGGAAUUGGAAGUUUGGUAUGCCUACAGGAACUAGAAGAAUUUGUAGUUCAGAAGCGCUCAGGGCACAACGUCACAGAACUAAAUAACAUGGAUGAGCUGCAAGGACAACUUUCUAUUCGUGGCCUCAAUAAUGUACCUAAUGGGCAAGAUGCAGUUUGUGCAAAGUUGAGAAACAAAGAGCAUCUUCGAACUCUACACCUUAUAUGGGAUGAGGACUGUGAAAGCAAUCCUUCAGAGCAGCAAGAAGUUCUAGAAGGUCUUCAACCACAUCUCGAUCUCAAGGAAUUAGUGAUUAAAGGGUUCCCUGGGGUGAGGUUCCCAAGCUGGCUGGCUAGUUCAUUUCUUCCCAAGCUGCAAACCAUACAUAUAUGCAACUGUAGAAGCACAAGGCUUCCAGCUUUAGGCCAGCUUCCCUUUUUAAAAUAUCUUGUCAUAGCUGGAGUAACUGAGGUGACACAACUCAGCAGUGAGUUCACAGGAUUUGGACAACCAAAAGGUUUUCCAGCUUUAGAAGAUCUUCUAUUGGAAGAUAUGCCAAAUCUGAGCGAGUGGAUUUUUGAUGUUGCUGAUCAAUUGUUUCCACAAUUAACUGAACUUGGUCUCAUCAAGUGCCCACAGUUGAAGAAGUUACCUCCUAUUCCAUCAACACUAAGAACACUGUGGAUUUCUGAAUCAGGGCUUGAGUCACUUCCAGAGCUUCAGAAUAAUUCUUGUCCAUCUUCACCAACAUCUCUAUACAUCAAUGAUUGCCCAAAUCUAACAUCUCUACGUGUAGGUUUACUUGCAUACAGACCAACAGCUCUCAAAAGUCUAACAAUAGCCCAUUGUGAAGGGCUUGUUUCACUGCCAGAGGAGUGUUUCCGUCCAUUAAUAUCACUCAGAAGCCUGCACAUCUACGAGUGCCCUUGUCUGGUGCCUUGGACAGCACUGGAGGGAGGCUUGCUUCCCACUUCAAUCGAAGAUAUCCGUCUAAACUCAUGCACUCCAUUAGCAAGUGUGCUUCUAAAUGGCCUAAGUUACCUUCCUCAUCUAAGGCAUUUUGAAAUUGCUGAUUGUCCUGAUAUCAAUAACUUUCCAGCAGAGGGUUUACCUCACACACUUCAAUUUUUGGAGAUAUCAUGCUGUGAUGAUCUUCAAUGCUUACCUCCUGGUCUGCACAACAUCUCCUCACUUGAAACACUACGGAUUAGUAACUGUCCCGGGGUUGAAAGCUUGCCAAAAGAAGGCCUGCCGAUGGGGCUCAACGAGCUUUACAUCAAGGGAUGUCCACAAAUUAAGCAACAAUGCCAAGAAGGUGGGGAGUAUCAUGCAAAGAUAGCUCACAUCAGAGAUAUAGAGAUUGACGGGGAUGUCAUUGUGCCUGAGCAGAUAUAGAAGGGAGGAGCCGAGGAGGAGGGAGCAAAAGCAAUGCGGGCGGUAGAAGGAUGCAGCAGCGGCCUCCAGCCGUCCGCCGGCGCCCGUGCGGCGGCACGGGUUGAGCUCCGGCGGCUCGUGGCGAGAGCCCCUGGAGGUGAGAGCUCCGGCGGCGGCGGCAGAGGAGCGGAGCGCGUCCUGUGUUUUGCGGUUCUCUUGCCUCUGACUCUGAGACUGGAAACCGGGCCCCACAAUGCAGCGACUCAUGCGCACUCCCAAAGUAAAACCGCGCGAGGAGUGGUAGGGUUUUCCAUGGAGGCGGCGGCGGCGGCCUCUCCACCGGCCGGAAGAUGGUCCCGUCGUCGAGCUGGGCCGAGCGGCGCGGCUCGUGCGCGACGGCCUCUUCUUCUCCCCCUGCCCCAUCGCCGCUCUUCACAGGAUCGCGGCGUGGCGGAGCAGGGGCGCCCUCCCGGUCGCCGUAGAUGUGGCCGCGGCGUUCGUCGAGAUACGGCUGCGGGAAUCGGAAUCCCUUCUUCUUCCCGGAAUGUGAUGGCUGUGGAUGAUCCGCUGGAGUCUGAAGAGAUGUCGGCGAUGCUGUGUAGUAUGGCAAUCAUGAGGUGAAUCCAAUGCUUGAAUGCCAGCAAAAAUGGAAAUUUAUAUUCCCUUGUUCUGUGGCUUGUGACAAAUAUAAAAGAAA